AUGGAACAAAGAAACAAUGUGACAGAGUUUAUCCUCUUGGGGCUCACUCAGAGCCUGGAGGGUCAACAGAUCUUAUUUGUUGUAUUCUUGCUCAUCUACAUUGUGACAAUGGUAGGAAAUCUACUUAUUGUCAUUACUGUGGUGGUCAGCCCAACUUUGGAUGCUCCUAUGUACUUCUUUCUUGGCUACUUAUCAUUUAUGGAUGCCGUUUAUUCUACUACGGUUACCCCAAAUAUGAUCAUUGAUUUACUCUAUGAGAAAAAAACAAUUUCCUUCCAAGCUUGCAUGACCCAACUUUUCAUAGGACACUUAUUUGGUGGUGCUGAGAUUUUACUUCUGGUUGUCAUGGCCUAUGACCGCUAUGUGGCCAUCUGCAAACCCCUGCAUUAUUUGACAGUCAUGAACAAAAGAGCCUGUGUUCUGUUGCUGCUGCUGGCCUGGGUUGGAGGCUUUGUGCAUGCUGUAGUUCAGCUUCUCUUUGUUUACAACCUUCCCUUCUGUGGCCCCAAUGUUAUUGACCACUUCAUCUGUGACAUGUACCCCUUAUUAAAACUUGCCUGCACUGACACCUACGUUAUUGGCCUCAGUGUGGUUGCCAAUGACGGGGCAAUUUGUGUGGUCAUCUUUAUACUCUUACUCAUCUCUUAUGGGGUCAUUCUGCACUCCCUGAAGAAUCUUAGUCAGGAAGGGAGGCGCAAAGCAUUAUCCACCUGUGGCUCCCACAUCACUGUGGUGGUACUCUAUUUUGUACCUUGUAUUUUUAUGUACGUGAGACCUCCUUCUACAUUACCCAUUGAUAAAUCUUUAACUGUGUUUUACACUGUCAUCACCCCUAUGCUAAACCCCCUAAUCUAUACUCUGAGAAAUGCAGAGAUGAAAAAUGCUAUGAAAAAACUAUGGACCAAAAAAAGAAAAUAA